CUUAAGAAAUGCCGACAAUUAAUUUGUAAAUAUUUUGAUACUAUAAGGGCAGAGUACAAACGGUUCAAUGACGACGAAAAAUAAUUAUGUUCCCAGAGUUAAUCAGAUUGACGCACUACACCUAAAUAAAGAUAUAACAAGGCUAAUACGUGAAAACUUACUUGAGAGUUUACAAGCUAUAUCUCCUACUUUGUUUUUUAAAAUCCAACCGGAAUUGGAUUUUAUAAUACAAUCUGCAAUAUGGUUUGGCUCUGUCGGAAGAGAAUUUUCAACGUUUGGACAGCAAUUGUUGGUGUUAUCAUAUGAUAGUGAACGACUCACAAUUUGUCGGUUAUGCUUGCAUUUUGCUCUAUCAGUUUUGCCGCAAUAUAUAAAAAAUGUUAUUUCUGUUCGAUCGUCAACAAUUCGUAUGGAAUAUCUUAAAAAAUCAGUUGAGUGGGGUGAAAAUGCUGCAUUAGUAUUAACAGUGCUAAAUUUUUUUCGAUUUCUAAAAACUGGAAGAAGACCAACGUUAAUUGAUUACUUGCUUGGUCUUGACUAUAUAAGCUUAAGAAAUAAUCAACGAAGGGACAUUGGAUAUAAAUACUUAACUCGUGAAUUAUUAUGGGGUGGUUUUAUGGAAAUUUUGGGUUUAGUAUUACCAAUAAUAAACUUCCGUAAAAUACAUAGAUUAAGUAAACAAAUUAUAUUUGGACAACAAACAAACAUUGAGCGAAUUGAUAAAAUAGGCUUUCCUAAAUUAACAGCGACUUCAGUAUGUGUUUAUUGUGAAGAGAGGCCUACACUUCCUCAUCAUUUAGGCUGUGGGCAUAUAUAUUGUUAUUAUUGUUUAUCUGCUAACAUGACUACAGAUUCAAAUUUUAUUUGUACUGUUUGUAAUAAUCGCACUGAAGACACUAUGUUGAAAGUAUGAUUUUGUAUUACUUUAGUAACUAAGUUCACUAUAUAUUGAAAAGUUGUUGAAAAUAGGUUAGAUAACUUUAAUACAAAAAAAUUUUGGGAAAUCACAUGUAAUUAAUUUUAAACAAGUGACGUAAGUAAUAAAAGAUAAGUUUCAGUACGUACUUGUGAAAUUUACGUAAAAAUUUACUUGAAUUUUAUUGCUUUCAGUUAUCUUACUUGAAACUAGUAUUGACAGAGCUGUUUUAAGAGCGAAAUGUUUCUUAAUGUAAAACGAUAUUUGUUAAAGUAAAAUUGAUAAACUGUUGAUCAGUUAUAAUUGCUUACAUAACAUA